GAGAUAGCAGGUGAAGGAGUGGCGCGUGUCUGCGCCUCGGAAGCUGAGAAAGACAUCGUACUGACGGCGGGAAGGAUCGGAUUUGCAGGAAGAUGCGGCAGCCAUGGAAGAGGAAUUCGAGGAUAAGCACGGAUUAUAGAUAUCAAAUCGAUAGAAAUCAAUGGAAGAGAUGAAAGCUUUCUGUGAGUUCCUUAGCCAUCGUCAACCUCCCCGUUCACUCUCCGAGAGCACUGCUGAUGACGCCAUUGAAUAUCUCCGGACUCUGCCUCCUGACAGAUUCAACAAGGCCGUGAGCCGCCUCAGCGAAGCUACCUUCAAUGAGAUCGACGGAGACCAUCCAUUUAACAGCCCAAUGGUUACAACUUUUUUGCACGAGCGUGUGAAAGCCAAUGAACAGGCUAAUGAAGAAGAAGAUGGCGAUAAGAAACGAGGAGGUAAAUCUGACGGCGACCAGGAGAUUCUCUUGGAGAAAUAUUUGACAACCAGCGAUCUCAGUAACCUAGACACUCAUGUCGCCGCCGUCGACGAGGACUUCGGUAAGUACUUUCUCUUAGCCACUGAACGAAUCCUUAGAGUAGAGGAUGAGGAAGGAAAGCCAUGGCAGUUCGGGUUCUCAGACCUCAAAGUUACCCAACGCUACGUCUUGACCAAAGGUUGGAGCAACUACGUUAAGGAGAAGCAGCUUGUUGCAGGAGACUUUGUUUUCUUGCAGCGGCUUUAUACAGACAGCAGUAGACUCUUCAUUGGCUUUAGAAGGCGCCAAGCUAGUGCUCUCGGACAGUGUCAGGAUUUAACGUCACUGGCCACAUCCUCUGAGCAGCUCAAGGAAGUUGAAACUCCUCCCCAGCUAAGAAGUCAUGGGCGUCACGUCACAGAGCUUGACCCUGUUUUAGUGAUUUCUUGUGGUGAAAAUCAGGACUCCGAGGAGAGAUACUUCAUAAGCUACAUCUCCAAAGAGUUGUGUCUCCGUGGCUUCACCCCUUUGAUAUAUGAUCUAACUAGGAGCACAUUGACUGCGGGUCUGGAGAUGCUACACAGCUCACGGGUUGGUGUUAUCAUUUUCUCGAAGAACUAUGUUUGUUCUAGACAGUGCCAGGAUGAAUUUGUGGCAAUCAUGGACCAUUCGAAAGCAAACAACCUUGUGCUUCUUCCAGUGUUUUUCAAAGUGGAGGUUACGGACAUUAGGGGUCAAAGUGGCUCCUUUGGAAGAGCAUUCUCACGACUUGAGUAUUCAGUUCUGGCAUCCCAAGCUCCCUAUUUAACUUCCAUCAAUAAAUAUCAGUAUAAGAAAGGGGACGAGGUUUUACUUGCCAAGAAUAUUGUUAGAGAUGUCUGUUUUCUGCUCAAUCCUGACACUAACAUGAACCUAAGAGGAAGGCUUCAAAUGAAGAGUAUAUUGUCUUUACUCAAUUUUUCUCAGUUCUCAGCCCCACAUAUUGUUGGACUUUGGGGUAUGGCUGGCAUAGGGAAAACUACCAUCGCUAGAGAAAUUUUCGGAACACAGGCUGAGAGAUAUGAGGUCUGCUACUUUCUGCCAGACUUCCAUAUAGUGUGUCAAACGAGAGGACUGAGUCAUCUGCGUGAUGAAUUCUUCUCAAAAAUCUGUGGGGAAGAAAAGGUUAUUGUAGACGCAUAUGACACGAAACUAGGUUUCAUAAGGGAUAGGUUCCUUGGUAAAAAGCUCCUCAUUGUUCUUGAUGGUGUGAGUAAUGCUAGAGAUGCAGAAUUUUUGGUUGGAGGGUUUGGCUGGCUUUCUGGUGGACAUACACUCAUCUUAACAUCUCGGAAUAGGCAAGUUCUGGUACAGUGUAACGCUAAAGAGAUUCGCAAAAUCCAGAAACUAUCCGAGCCUGAAUCUCUUCACCUAUUCUCCCAGUUUGCCACUGAACAAAAUUGGAAGGAAAGGACGUCAUUAGUCACGGAGCUGGUGAACUACGCUAGUGGGAUACCAUUGGCUCUGUGUGCCUUAGGUUCCUCCUUACAGAAUCAAUGUAUUAACGAAGAGAAGCAACACCUCAAAGGAUUGCGUCAACAUCCUUUAGUUGAGAUUCAGGAUGCAUUCAAAAUAAGUUUUAGUGUACUAGAUGACAACGAGAAGAAUACAUUUUUAGACCUCGCAUGUUUUUUCCGUGGGGAGAGAAAAGAUCAUGUAGUGAACAUCCUUGAUGGUUGCGGUUUUAUUACAGAUUUAGGAAUCUAUGGUCUCAUUGAUGAAUCUCUCAUCAGCCUUGUAGAUAACAAAAUAGAAAUGCCCAACAUUUUCCAAGACACGGGUCGAUUUGUUGUUUGUCAAGAGAGUAAUGAGACAGGGAAGCGUAGCAGACUGUGUGAUCCUACUGACAUUGUUGAUGUGCUGACCAACAACUCAGGAACAGAAGCAAUUGAAGGCAUAUUUCUGGAUGCAUCUGGCUUGACAGUUGAGCUGAGUCCUACUGCUUUUGAGAAGAUGUAUAGACUUAGAUUGCUCAAGCUCUACAGUCCUACUUCUAAAACCCAUUGCAAUGUAUGUCUACCUCAAGGCCUUUACUCUUUACCUGAUGAGCUACGUCUACUCCACUGGGAACGAUAUCCUCUAGGAUCCUUACCUCGGAACUUCAAUCCUAAAAAUAUUGUAGAACUGAACAUGCCCUAUAGCAACAUGACAAAACUAUGGAAGGGAACAAAGAAUCUCGAGAAGCUGAAGAGGAUCAUUCUGAGUCACUCCCGACAGUUGACUAAAUUCCCAAGGCUUUCAAAGGCCAAGAACCUUGAGCAUAUUGAUCUUGAAGGAUGUACGAGUCUGGUUAAGGUUAACUCAUCUAUUCUUCAUCAUCAAAAGCUUACUUUCUUGAGUCUGAAAGACUGUUCACGUUUGCGAAGUAUGCCUGCCACGGUUCAUUUAGAAGCUCUUGAAGUUCUUAAUCUAUCUGGCUGCUCAGAGCUCGAGGAUCUUCAGGAUUUCUCACCAAACCUUAGUGAGCUGUAUCUCGCUGGGACUGCCAUUACAAAAAUGCCAUCUUCAAUAGGGGGUCUAACUAGACUUGUUACACUAGAUCUGGAGAAUCGUAAUAGACUUCAGCAUCUGCCACCAGAGAUAAGUAACCUGAAAGCUGUGGUCAGUCUUAGGUCAAAACGCCCUGCUUCUUCCAUUGAUCUAUCCAGCGUGGAGGAUACAGCACCACCACAUAAGAGAUGCCGAUUGAAGGGUGUUAUUGAAUCUGUUAUUCUGAGCUUAAGAAAAAAGAAGCGAGAAAGUAGUGUCUCUAGGGUUAACGAGGAGACAGAGAAGGAAAAAGAAGUAAGAGAGAAAUUGGUUGAUGGUAACAACAAUGACGAUUUCGAUCCGUUUGCUGCUUUCUGGGAUGAUAGGCAGAAGAGUAUUCUUAAAAUUCAGGAGAAACUUGAAGAUCCUGAUCUGUCUGAAGAAGCUUUGGUUGAGUUGCUUCAGAAACUGGAAUAUGUUGACAUAACACUGGAAGAUCUUCAGGGAAGUAAUAUCGGGCGGGUUGUGAAUCAAAAGCGGAGGCAUCGAUCGCCAAUUGUUCAGAGAUUAGCUCAACAGCUUAUCAAUAAAUGGAAGCGAAUGGUAGAAAAAUUUUUAAGACUUAAGCCUGGUGAUUUCCAAAGUCCGAGUUUAAUAGGUAAAAGAACAGACUGCAACUCUGAAUCUCAGAACAAGCAUAAUCCCUAUCCAUUUCCUCAUCCAAAAGACAGGGAAACCUCUGUUCCUGAGGGUUCCUUAAACCUCAAAGGCCUCUUCCCCAUACGCCCGGGAAAACCUGUGUGUGCCUCGUAUUUUCACACUGGAAACUGCAGCUCCGGUUCUACUUGCAUUUUUGAUCACCCAUCGUUGAUGCCAGUCCACAAGAACACAUCUUUGCCCUUGAUUCAGCGAUUUUCUUCUUCAAUGGGAGAUUCAUCAAGUGACCUUGUGAACCCAGCAACUAGUAAACGAAGAAUACAGAAGAACACAUCUUCCAUGGCUUCUGAGACAGAGCACUUGAAUCAGCGAGGAUUUUCUUAUUCAAUUGGAGAUUCAUCAAGUGAGCUUGUGGAAGCAUCAACUAAGAAACCUCCAAUACACAAGAAAACGUCGUCUCUGGUUCCACAGAUGCCGUAUUUCAAUCCGCAAGGAUUUUCUUAUUCGAUUGGAGAUUCGUCAAGUGAGCUUGUGGAAACAUCAACUAUGUCUGAGGUAACACACACAAACGUUGGUAGAGACACCUCUGAUUCAUGGGAUGAUGAAGAAGACACUCAGUUUUUGAACUGGUUGCAUCUAUGAAGCACUUUUAAAAAAAAAAAUUGAUGAUUCAUCAAGUGAGCUUCUGGAGUCAUCAAUUCUUAAAUCCACAAUACACAAGAACCCGUCAUCCAUGGCAUCUGAGACGCCGCUUUUGAAUCCGCUAGGACUUUCUUCUUUGUUUGAAGCUUUAUCAAGUGAGACGUCAACGUUGUCUGAAAUAACACAAGCAACCGUUGGCAGAGACACCAUUGAUUUAUGGUUAUGUUAAUGAAGGAUCACUCAGUUUUGGUAGCAUCCAUUUUAAAACAAUAGUCCAAAAUUGGAGAUUAACGCUUAGGUUCAACCCCUUGUGUAUUAGACUGAGUUGUAAACUGGUCCGAGGAACUUAAAACCUGAUGUCUUUUCUUAUCUCUGCUUCUAUGUGUGUAUGAUUUGUUCUCAUACUUGAUUGCUCUUAACUCUUGUCAUAGAAAAAGACAUCUAUGCAGACCGGAGAUUGGACUUUGUUGGC